CGUUAGAACCGCAGAGCCGGGCCCUUGGGCGUGUCCCCGAGACCGCUCUACCCGUGCUCCCCGACCGACACUUUACACUUUGGGCUUGGUUUUGGCCGGGGUCCCGCUGCGUCGGAAGAUCGACAGGCACAGGGCAGGGCACGAGCCGGCCAAGGUCGCUUGUCGCUGUUUCUUCGGUCUGCGCACCCACCGCCUGCGCCGUUCCCACUCGUCCCAUCUCAAACCUCCCAAAACACUUGCCAUCAUCUCAUACACUUUUGCUUGGUCCCCUGCGCCUCUCUGAGAUGCCUGGACACUGCAGUGCUACCACGCCCUUGCUCGUAUAAGUCCUUUUUGCCCUGCUUUUCCCCCGCCAGUCUUGCUUCUCCCCCCCUCCAAGACGAAGCCUCCGACCGAAAUCGACCAGACGGACCGACGGACGGACCGAUCGACCAUGGAAUGAGAGCUGAUGGGGGCCCGUGUGUGACGAGACGCGCUGCCAGAACCCCCCCGCCUGUCUAGAUGACAGCUGCUGCACCAAAGGCCGGAUCCUCUGUGGACUCGGACUUGGACCAGGCUCACCCCCAUCCCGAGCCGUGGCCGCUGCCCGGGCCCGGGCCUGGUCCGCGGGCCGGCGGCAUCGACGGCGGCGACCAUGCCUCCGGGCUGGGAGGGCACCAGGGCAAGCGGCCGUGGUGGAGGAGGCCCGUUGCGAUAUGGUCCUUCGUCGCCGCCGCCGUGCUGCUGGUCGCCUUGGUCGUGCUCCUGGUCCUCGGGCUGCGGGGAUACCUCAAGGUAGGCUCCUUUUCUACUCGGAACGACACCCAACAGGCUUCGUCAGGCUCAGAACAACAACGCCCAAACCCUCUUUCUACUGUUCCUCUUCUUUCUGAGCCCACCUUCACUUAUCUUGCUCCUGCUCCCCCGCCCGUGACCCUCACUCCCACCCCCGCCGCUGCCACCCCAGCUGCUGCCACUCCCGUCCCGACCAAUCUUGGGACGCUCAACAUUCCGGGCCAGGACCCGCAGGUCAAUCUGGGCUAUGCCACCUAUGUCGGUACGGCCCUCGACGGGGGCAUCAACCGGUUCCUUGGGAUGCGUUAUGCGGCACCACCGGUGGGAAACCUGAGGUGGAGGGCACCAUUGGCUCCUCCAACCGCGACCUCGCCCCAGUCGGCCAAGGCAUUUGGGCCCAUCUGCCUGGGCAUCUCUGUUGCAUAUCCCAUCAGCUUCGAGGACGAGGACUGCCUCUACGUCAACGUCUGGGCUCCCCAGAACGCCAACACCACGUCCAAUCUGCCCGUCUGGCUCUUCAUCCAGGGCGGCGGCUACGUCUCCAACUCCAAUGCGAACUGGGACGGCGAGGAGGUUGUGCGCCAGUCCGGCAACAAGAUCAUCUUUGUCAACUUCAACUACCGCGUGUCCAUGUGGGGUUUCCUGGCCAGCUCCAAGGUCCAGGCCAACGGCAAUCUCAACGCCGGCCUGCUCGACCAGCGCUUCGUCAUGGAGUGGGUCAAGUCCAACAUAGCCAGUUUCGGCGGUGACCCGGCCAACGUCGUCAUCCACGGAGCCUCGGCCGGGGCUGGAUCCGUUGCGCUACACCUCAUGGCAUAUGGCGGCCGCAACGAUAACCUCUUCACCGCGGGCAUCGCCGAGUCUGUCUUCUUCCCCGCCCAGCCCUUCGUACCCCAGCUCGAGUACCAGUUCGACCGCCUGGUCAACGCCACCAACUGCGCGGCCCAGCCGGACCAGCUGGCGUGCCUCCGGGCCCUCGACACCAAGACGCUCCAGGCCCAGAACGUCCCCUCCAUCUUCCCCGGGCGCACCGAGCCGCCGCUUCCGCUCUUCUACUGGACACCGUGCAUCGACGGCGACUUCCUCGAGGACCUGCCGUACAACAUGCUCGCACAGGGCAAGUUCGUCGAUGUGCCGCUGCUGUUCGGCAACGACAACGACGAGGGCAGCUACUUCGCCACCAACGCUGCCACCCCCGAGGACAUGGCCGAGUUCUUCCAGAACAACUACCCGCUGCUCACCGGCGACGACGCCGCCGCCAUCCAGCGCCUCUACCCGCUCAUGCCCGCCCUGCCCCAGCACAACGCAUGGUUCCCCAGCAACAGCAUGGCCUACGGCGAGGCCACCUUCAUCUGCCCGGCCAUCAACCUCUUCUCCGCCUACACCCAGGCCUCGCCCGGCGGCAGCGCGGCCUCCUCGAUGUGGCUGUACCGCUACAACGUGAUUGACAACGACAACGUGGCCGCGGGCGUCGGCGUCCCACACCUGUGGGAGUCCUACGCCGUCUUCGGCCCCACCAACCUGGCCUCCAACAACGUCCCCGAGAGCUACCUGACCUACAACGCCCCGAUCGUCCCCGUCGUAAUGGACUACUUCCUCUCCUUCGUCCAGACCCGCGACCCCAACCCGCUGAGGGCCCCCGGGGCCCCCGUCUGGGAGAGCUGGGGCGCCCCGCUGCGCCCAGGCGGCGGCAAUGGCUCCAGGAUCGUGCUCGAGACCAACAACGUCCGCAUGGAGCCCGUCGAGGCUGACCAGGCCGCACGGUGUCAGUUCUGGGCGGGCCUGGCGCCGAAGACGCAGCAAAAGAUGAAGAGGGGUGCGGCCGGGGAUCUUCCGUUGUUUUAGGCUCAAGACAAUAGAAAGACCUACAAGAAAGGUUUUAUACUAAUAAUGGUUACUGAUGUGAUGUUGAUAUAGGAAUGGGUCAGAAUCGCGAAUAUAACAGCGCCGAGAGAAUAUACAUCAGAGAACUGUUGCAUGAGUGGAGGAAUGAACGAGGCAUGUAAAAAAUGAUGUUACUUAGACCAUAGAUAAUGAGCUUUGCAUAGCGCGCGGUUGGGUAUCAAUAUACUAGACAACUUGUUCAUAA